CGCAAGUGGGCGCCGACGGGGACCCGCGCUGCGCCGCGCUCCUCGGGGACCCCGCGGGCGGCCCGAGCCAGGCGCUGGCCUCCUGGAAGCCCCCGAGGGCGCCCGGACCUCGGUGGACUGAACAGAAGCCGCUUUCCCAUUGAUUCGGCCGGGCUGGGCGAGCGGCCGGGUGCCUGUGCCCGGAGGGCGUGCGGAAGGCAGAAGGGCAGGAAGUCGGUCUUCUGCAGCGAGGGUGGCGGCACCACGCAGGGGACGGAGCCUUCCUUAUUUAUGUGUCUGCCGGCAUCUGCCUUUUUCACCCGAAGACUUCAGGGAGCAUCUCGGAGCUGCGUUUCCCGCGUGUGAGGCACAGAAGGGCUGGAUGCCUAAACAACAUGAUUAUCCAUUAACCUCCAAACUUUUCUUUUUUUAAUCCAAAGAAUAUCGGUGAUUUUUGUCCACUGCUAGCAGAAGAAGAGAGAACCCAGGGCCCUUGAGAUGCAGCAAAAUCCUUAUUUAUAAACAGGCCCGAGGUAGCGAUAUGCAAACCCCUUCUACUCAGUGAAUUUUCUAUCCUAUGGAUAUCGGUCUUCAGAUUUGAGACUGGAGAACAGUACUGUCUGCACUGGGUCCGGCAGCCUCCAUCCUCUCAAUGCCCAGUUUCCUCUGGGACUGCUGGCCUUCCCUGGAGAUCAGAGCGGUCCUGUGUGCCAUGGGCUGUAUUCAGAGCAUCGGGGGCAAAGCCAGAGUCUUCCGGGAAGGUAUCACAGUGAUCGACGUGAAGGCCUCUAUUGACCCCAUCCCCACGAGCAUUGAUGAGUCCUCCAGCGUGGUGCUCCGCUACCGGACACCCCACUUCCGUGCCUCGGCCCAGGUGGUCAUGCCACCCAUCCCCAAGAAGGAGACCUGGAUCGUUGGCUGGAUUCAGGCGUGCAGCCACAUGGAGUUCUACAACCAGUAUGGGGAGCAGGGCAUGUCCAGCUGGGAGCUCCCGGACCUCCAGGAAGGCAAGAUUGAGGCCAUCAGCGACUCGGACGGGGUGAACUACCCCUGGUACGGCAACACCACAGAGACCUGCACCAUCGUGGGCCCCACCAAGAGAGACUCCAAGUUCAUCAUCAGCAUGAACGACAACUUUUACCCAAGUGUCACGUGGGCCGUGCCCGUCAGCGAGAGCAACGUGGCCAAACUGACCAACAUCUACCGGGACCAGAGCUUCACCACGUGGCUGGUGGCCACCAACACCUCCACCAAUGACAUGAUCAUCUUGCAGACGCUUCACUGGCGCAUGCAGCUCAGCAUCGAGGUGAACCCCAACCGGCCCCUGGGCCAGCGCGCCCGGCUGCGGGAGCCCAUCGCCCAGGACCAGCCCAAAAUCCUGAGCAAGAACGAGCCGAUCCCGCCCAGCGCCCUGGUCAAGCCCAACGCCAACGACGCUCAGGUCCUCAUGUGGCGGCCCAAGUACGGGCAGCCGCUGGUGGUGAUCCCGCCCAAGCACCGCCGGAACUUGCCUCCAGUGUGUCUAGGAGGAGAGAGGGAGGGUCCUGUGAGUUACAGGCUGAGCCCAGGGAACGUCCCCAUCUCAGUCCUCAGCGCCCAUCCUCAGACAGGCCUGCGGGCACAUCUAAGUGCGCAGCUUUUCUGUUUCCAUCUCCACUGGUCCCAAACGCCUGGAGGGCCAGCCACCUUACCCAGCUGCAGUUCACAGGGGUGCUUAAUGUCCAGCCAUCUCCCGAGCCCGCUCCUGAUGGGAGGCGUGCAGCUAUCCUGGAACAACUGGGCCAGAAACAGCUUUGUGCGGCCGGCUGCCAGCCUGGUGCUUGGGGGACCCCUGUCAGGCCGGGGACCUUCCCUCUGGAAACUGCCGGUUCCCCUUGGUGUGUUUGGAGGCCCUGCCACCCAGAGAGGCCAUGGCCUCUAGUGAGGGGGACGAUGGUUCCCCGCUCUACCUCUGGGGACAGGCUGGGGAGGGGCCGCCGUGGACGGGACCUGGCCCCUCGGUGGCAUGGCCCUUCUCUGCACUCAGGUCUUUCUUGCACUAAAUAGGAGAAAGGGCCCUGGGCGAGGGGUCAGGACCCAGAGUUCUGGUUCGGGCUGGGUCAUCACUAAGGAGUUCUUACUGGAGGUGGGGUGGGAGCGGGAAGGAGCAGUAAGGGGUGGUCCCAAGCUGUUUCGGGCGGAGCCCCCCAAGCCCACACUCCCUGGGUGUGAGCAGGCCCCCUCGACGGGGCCAGCGCUGUGCCCACCUGGAGGGGCGCUGUUGCUCUGGCUGCCUCCACCUCGGCCUACCGCAUGCCCAGGCCCCCAGCUCAGCUUGCUCCCUGGCUCAUCCCCACCCCCCACCAGCCCCGUCCUCUCUGCCCCUCCCAGCCUCUCUGAAGACAGGGCUGGGAAGACCCCGCGGGGGCCGUAGGUCCAGCUGAGGAUGCUCAGCUCAGCUUGCUCCCUUGGCCUCCUCCCUCAUGGAGCACAGGCCCCAGGCGUCUUACCUGGGUCCCCGACCCCUCUGGUGUCCCCCUCCCUGGCGUGGACACACUCCGCCAGCAAUAAGGACCGUCCAUGGUCGUGGAGAGUACUGUGAAAACAAACCAGUGCACUUACCAGGAGGCACAAGACUCUUGAAGAAAAUGUAAAAUGAAUCUUUUUAACAACAACAACAACAAACAUUCACAAAGAGAAAUAAAAUGUAAUUUUAAAGUA